CACGGCAUCAUUUCGAAACUAAAUGGAAUCAAAUCAAAAACGUUGUCAUGAAUAUGACUUUUUUAAAGGUGUUCAACGCGACAAACUUCUUCACGAAAUUCAUCGCCAUUUUUCACAAGACACACAAAAGUCGGCUUUAGUACUAUAUGGAAUGUCAGGUGUUGGAAAGACAAAAAUUGCCAAAAAAUACUGCGAAAUUUAUUCUGACUUCUAUAAAAACAUUGUCUGGAUAGACGCAGCAUUUGGAAAAUUACAAACUUCUAUUAGAAAUCGCUGUCAAAUAUUAGGAUUUGUUGUUCAUGAUUCGAUAGGUGACUAUUUUAAUAUAGAAGUAAUUGUUGAUAAAAUUCACAACUAUUACAUAAAUGAAAAAACUUUGUAUAUUUUUGACUAUGUCGACGAUAAAAGUGUUAAAGGUUUGAAAAUGUGCAUUUCAAGUAAAGCGAACUCGUAUUCUUUAAUUACCUCGCAAUGGAGAACUUGGUCAAACAAUGUAAAUAAAAUGUUUGUUGAUGUUUUUUCUUCUGAAGAUGCAUUCGCUUAUGUUAAAAAUAAUAUUAAAGAAUACGCGGACAAACAGAUAAAAAAUUUAGUUAAAGAACUUGGUUAUCAUCCUUUUGCUAUAACGCAGGCAAUAAAAUAUAUAAAUAUACAUAAAAUUUCGAUAGAAAAAUAUAUUGAUCGAUAUAGAAAGAAACCCUUAGAAAUAUUAGACACUGAUAACUUUCCUACUGAAGACGAAUCAAAGUCUGCAAUAAAGGCAAUCAACUUAAUUUUAUUCAAAUUGAAAAAAACUAAAAUUAUUCCAUUAGAAAUACUUAACUGUUUAUCUCAUUGCGAUGGUCAAAAUAUAAGUAAAGAAUUUAUAAUCCAAAUUUUAAAUCAAAUGGAAAUAAAAGAAGAACAUUUAAUAGAUGAAACUCUUGGAUUACUAACAAGUUAUUCGUUACUAAAUUGUUUCGAUGAUAACAAAUAUUCAAUGCACGAACUGACACAGUUGACGUGUAGAUAUUUUCAAAGUAAAAAUUCAAGUACAAAUACUUAUCUUGAUCUAAUAUAAAAUUAUUUUAAAUUUGAGUUGAACCAAGUAAAGGAUCACGUAGAAUUCGGAAAUCAUUUCCUUUUUCAUUUUCUUUAUGCGUUUCGGAUCAACGGAAAAAGAAUGUCUAAAACCUUCCGUCAUAUGACAGCCUCCAUUGAAGAGUUAUUAGUAUGUAAAGGUUUAUUUGAUGAAACAAUCGAAAUAUUAAAAGCUAUUCUAAGUUUUAAUAUAGAAACUUAUGGUGAAAAUGAUGAACUCACGCUUUAUACAAAACAUAAUAUCGCAAUCUGUUUGCACGAAAUGGGAAAAUAUAACGAAGCUUUAA